UGAGUGGCACAGCUGUAGUCCAAUGAAAGGGUCGUGGGCAUGAGUGUGAAUGGUCCAGUGUCCGUUUGUGGGCGGGGUAUAGUGAAAAUGGCGGCUGUUCGGAGAAGGAACUAACUUUAUUACCAUGCUAGGACUAAAGCAAGUAAUAGUGCCAGCUUCUUGUUGUUUUUUUAAAUGUUGAUAGCCGUUCCGGAGUCAUGUCGUUUUGUCUCUGUAGGGUAGUGACAGGGCAGCUACGUAAGCUAGAGAGGAGUGUGGCUGUUAAAAACCAGAUAAAGAAGCUCGAACAUUAAACCGUCCUGUCGGAUUUUCUAAACGCCAGCGAGUCCGGCUCUGUAUGCGACUAAAUUGUAAGAAGUCGGUGAAUUAGAGGUAGGCAGCGAGCCCUGCCAGGACAGCACAGUGACGGCUCCUGUGGGACCAUCGCUGCCCACUGGUGUCUGUAGUGGCACUCCGGACCCGCCUUUGGUUCCAUGAAUGAAAAUGGAUGAUUCCAAACCGCGCUGCAGCAAAAGACUGCGUGCUCGUAACCAGCAGCGUUACCAUGAUGAUGGCAUCUCAGAUGAGGAGAUUGAUGGGAGGAGGAUGUUUGACCUGGAGGAGAAGGUUAACAGUGAGAGGUUCAGCUCUGACCGAGUGCUUCGCAUGGAUGGAAAAGACUUUACAUACGCAUUCAUUCAGAGAGGUGGUCUGAGGGACCCCGUCGUUUUUGAGAAGCCUGAUGGACUGGGAAUCAAGAUGCCAGAUCCUGACUUCAGCGUCAAUGACGUCAAGAUGUUUGUCGGUAGCAGACGCAUGAUAGAUGUGAUGGAUGUGAGCACUCAGAAGGGGACCGAGAUGUCCAUGGCCCAGUGGACACGUUACUAUGAGACCCCCCCGUGUCAGAGAGAGAAGCUCUAUAAUGUUAUCAGCCUGGAGUUCAGCCACACCAAACUGGAGAACUGGGUCAAGAGGCCUGCCACAGUCGAUCUGAUCGACUGGGUGGACAACAUGUGGCCUCGGCAUCUGAAAGAGAGACAGAGAGACUCGACUAACUCUAUCAAUGACAUGCAGUACCCCAAAGUACAGAAGUACUGUCUGAUGAGUGUUGAGGGCUGCUACACAGACUUCCACAUCGACUUCGGUGGGACUUCAGUAUGGUACCACAUACUGAGAGGGAGCAAGGUGUUUUGGCUGAUUCCUCCGACUCCUCAGAACCUGGAGCUCUAUGAGAACUGGGUACUGUCAGGGAAACAAGGAGAUGUGUUCUUGGGAGACAGAGCGUCUGACUGCCAGAGGGUUGAACUGAAGCGGGGCUGCACCUUCAUCAUACCCUCAGGUUGGAUUCAUGCCGUUUACACCCCGGUGGACUCGAUGGUCUUUGGAGGAAACUUCUUGCACAGCUUUAACAUCCCCAUGCAGCUCAACAUCUGUAGCAUAGAGGACAGAACGCGGGUUCCAGCGAAGUUUCGUUACCCCUUCUACUAUGAGAUGUGCUGGUACGUGCUGGAACGCUACGUCUUCAGCCUGACGAAGACCUCCUACCUCACCCCAGAGUUUCAGAAACACUCCCUGGGCAUUGGUCUGAAGAAUCUGUGUGGCUCAGAUCCAGUCAGUGAGCAGCUGAAGACUGAGGGGGAGGGUGUUGGCAGUGAGGAAGACUCUGAGAAGCUUCCACUUAAGGUCCACCUGACCCCCCUUGAACUGGAGGGACUCUGGAACCUGCUGGGUAAACUGGAAGCUCUGCCCUCUAACAAGAAGUGUGUCCCAGCAGGGAUACACAACGCCCCGGCGCUCAUCACACACAUCAAGGCACUACUGAAGGAGCACGCUAAUGACAAUCCCAGCAUGUCGUACACAGGACGGCCCAUCGUCAGGUGGCCGAAGAGGCCAUCAUGGUACCAACCUCCUCCCCCUCCCCCACCACCACCUCGCCCUAAACUGUCCUCCACUCCCAUCACUCCACGACCUCAAAAACCAGCGUCUUCCAUGUCCGUGUUGAGACGGCGCAGGGUCAGGUGUAAACGCUGUGAAGCCUGUAUGAGACCUGAGUGUGGAGACUGCAACUUCUGCAGAGACAUGAAGAAGUUUGGAGGCCCAGGGAAGUUAAAGCAGACCUGUGUCCUACGACAGUGUCUCUCUCCGGGCCUGCCUCUGUCUGCGGUGUGUGAGAUCUGCAAAGAGCCCAAUCAGGAGGAGACCGGAGACCCCUCCCUCACUCUGAUGGAAUGCUCCAACUGUGCCCAGAUCGUCCACCCUGCCUGCCUCACAGUUCAGGGGGAAGGCGUGGUGAAUAAAGACCUCCCGAGCUGCUGGGAGUGCCCGAAGUGUGUGCAGGGCAUCACUGAUCCAGAGCAGCCUAAAGGUGACCGAGGUGACAGCCUUCCACUGAAAAGGAAGUCCUCCUCUCUGCUUGACGCUCGUAUGGCUAAGAUCUACAGACGCCAGCGCCACAGCCGCGAUGGAGAAGACUCCGUCAGUGACGAUGACGAUGAAGCCUCUCAGAGAAGAAAGAUGGCACUUCACGCUCGGGGUGGGACUCACUCUUCCAAGAGGGCCUUUGGCGCUAACAGGAGAGGCCUGCUGAGAGGAGGCUCGACCCACAGAGGCAGCAGAGCCGGGCUCGUGAGUCCGGGAUCAUCUUCUGUCCUCAAGCUCAAGCGAGGGGUUGGCAUGAGGGACGCUGGACGCCGAGGACGAGGGGUCAGGUUGCGCGGAGGUUCCAGAAUGCAGCGAAGAGGAGAUGAGUCUGACGAAUCUGACGAGGACGACGAUGACGACGAGGAUGAUGACGACGAGGACGAGGACGACGAUGAUGAUGAAGAGGAUGAGGAAGAGGAGGACAGCGAGGACGGAGAUAAAGAACAGCAUCGUCGACACAGGAGACGGCGCAGGACCGAUGAUGAUGAGGAUGAAGACGUAGACAGCGAGGGGCAGUUUGACCCUGAAGAGGAGGAGAUGGACACUCUGGAGGAUGAUGAGGAGGAAGAGGUGGAGGAGGAAGGCCGCUGGGAUUCGGACCCAGAACCUCCGGUCCUGCUGGUGUCUGAUCUGAGCGAUGACCUGCUGAGUGGCUCCUACCUGACGGUGACUCUACAGCGCCCCAACAAGGCCAAGAGACAGUGUGGCUCCAUAGUUCCAAAGCUGGAAGCAGCCAUGGGCCCGAGGACUGCUGCAGGGCAGCAGGGCUUUAUUCAGAGAAAGGGCGCUCUGUCCAAACCUGCACGGCUCAGGUGCACAGACCCCGCGGCUGACAGCAUAACCCCACGAGGACCCGGCAGGCCUCGCCUGCGUGGUAGCCGUGGUGAGAGAGGCGCUCGAACUCGCUCCGCGUCUUCUUCAGAGGAAGAGGAAGCUGCUGCUCACCCUGCGUCCUCCACCCUGUCUUCUCCAUCGUUGCCGUCUCUGCUCUCCUUUAAGGAUGUGGGCAAUGAGAGAGGCGGGGAGAAGGAGGUCUGGGUGUCUGUGUUCAGAUACUUGAACAGAGCUGAGCUGCUGGCCUGCAUGACUGUCUGUAAGGCCUGGUACAAGUGGAGCUGUGACAAACGUCUGUGGAGCCACUUGGAUGUGAGUCGGUGCAACCCGCUCAGCAAUCAGGCCCUCGCAGGCAUUGUCAAACGACAGCCCACCUCUCUGGACCUUUCCUGGACGCCCAUGGCCAAGAGACAGCUGAACUGCCUGCUAACGAGACUCCCAGGUCUGAGAGAGCUGAGUGUGACUGGUCUGCCCUGGUCCUGUCUGUCGGCAAUGGUUUCUCCCACUCUGCCCCAUCUACGGCUGCUAGACCUGCGCUGGUGCGACGGCGUCACAGACGCCCAGAUUAAAGAGAUCGUCACGCUGCCUGGUUUGGAGUCAUCCCGCAGCAGACUGAGGAACAUGGUGACGCUCCGCCUGUCCGGUCUGGACAUCACUGAGUCCACUCUGAGGCUCCUGCAGCGCCACAUGCCGCAGCUGGAGAGGCUGGACCUGGCUCACUGCAAGGAUUUAACAGACUCCUCGGUCGCCCUGUUGGCAGCAGCUGGGACUCACACACGCAAUAACCUCACCGAGCUCACGCUGGCAGGCUGCAAUGAGCUGACCGAUGGCUGCCUGUCCUAUCUGAAGCGCCUCUCCUCUCUGACCCUGCUCGACCUCAGAGGCUGUAAAGGCGUCAGCAGACGAGCCUGCGACGCCUUCAUCUCCGACCUGUUCCACGUAGCUGUCUACUGCAUGAUGGAGGAGAAACUCAUCCAGCGCCUGGAUUAACAUGAGCACACACUAAACACAAACAUUUUAUUUAUGAUCACACAAGCUGCCGACGUUGGACUGAAGCAUUAAAGCUGCCAAAAAGGCUGCCUUCAAGUCC